UUGUUUGAUUCCAUAUUUGCCUUCAGUGUCAGCUGUCACCAUCAGUGCAUUGCUACUCGUGUUGCUGCUGAACGCCGAUGUAAAGUGUGUGGAGUUCAAUACCGAUAUCGUGAGUACGGGUCUCUGUGGGAUUUUUUCGUGAGGUACCGUUACCAGUACUGCUGCACCAUUUCUGUUCUCCUCUUCUUGUUCAGCAUAUCAACUUUCGCCAUUAUAAAAUCAAUCAGUCAUGUUGAGCGAUUCUCUCUAGCGAGGUUACUCCUUCUUCUGAUUGGAGUAGUGGUCGCAAGUACAUGUGUGGUGUUCAUGUGGAUGUGCGUCAAAUAUACCAUAAUGCGCCGUAUUCCACGCUUUACUACUCGUUAUAGGCAAAUAACAGUGUUCAAUUAUGAGCCUUCGGAAACAGGCAAACAACAGGUCCGGCUGCAACCAUCGGAAGAAAAGGCUCAAGCAGUUCCACUUUUUGGAGUCGACAACACACUCGACCAGUGCCUUAUUUCUUGUGAGAUUGCUCCACCUUCCACAUGGCAUGCUUCCAGUACACCACUUGUCGAAGGUAGUCAACUAGUAGCGUUCACGUUUGACACGCCCAUGGAUGAGAAGAAACAACAAAAGUCGUAG